AUGGAGGUAUUCCGGCCAAACACAACGGAAUUUUACAGAUCUGAUGAGUUUAAUUUGACAAACUCAAAUUUUUUCACUAAUGAUUUUGUUCCUGAUCUACUGUUUAAUGAAACCGCAGACGAGAUGUUGACGUUUUACGGCUAUGAUUUAGGCGGUGGAAUAUUUUAUAACAAAAGCGAAUCUGGGGACAAUUUUUUAUAUUCAAACUCGCUAGAUGACAUUUCAAAUGACACUGGUUUCAUUGAAGAAGUAUUUCUGAAUUCUACUGUUACACAACUAACCAACUUAACUUACAAUGUCACAUAUGGUAAUCCUGCAUGUCCUAACAUAUCUCUGAACGACUUCUCAGUAUUACCUUCCAUAGUUUACAUUGUUUUGGUGCUCCUUGGGUCCUUUCUCUGCGUAGCCGGAUUUCGCUGCAUACGCCCCUCAUUAUUCAUCAUGGCUACAGCAUUAACAUCAACAAUAGUCUACCUAAUAUGCUGUGAAGUUUUUGUACAGAAUCCUCUUCCACCUCUAGUCAUUGCUGGAUCAUCAGUUCUGUCAGGUAUUCUUGUAGGAUUGGCCGCCUUGUUCCUGAUUAGUGUCGGCAUUCGUGUAUCUUGCUGCAAAGCUGGUUUGGCUUUUGGCAUUUACAUCUUAGUAUCGGUUCGACUAUUCCUCAAUUAUCCCAACCCUUCUUAUCUCAAAAGAUCUGUCGCUUCUCUCUACUCAAAUAACGAUGCCAAAGUUGUUAAUAUUGUGAAUGAUGAGAACGGUGUUGAAGUCCUCGCCAAUGAUGACAACAGUUACAACCCAUUAAACAGCAUCGACGAUGACAGCACAUCUCCCAGAUCAUCGACGUCAUUAUUAGAGGAUGACAUUCAUUACAUCAUCCCAAUCAUUGUCACCACCAUCAUCCUGCUAGUUUGUUGCGUCCUUAUCACAAUCUUCUCUUUCAUCAAACCAAAAUUUUCACUAAUUUUUUCAUUUUCUUUAGCCGGUUCUGCCAUGAUCAUUCUGGGGAUAGAUUUUUUCACCGAUAAACAACUCACUCUAACUAAUCUAUUUAUAGAUUGUUUAGUUGUCAGAUUGGGCGGAAUCAGUGAUGUGACAGAGCACAUAGAACUAAUAACUUGUUGGACCACGUGGAUUGUUUACGGCUUGCUACCUGCUAUGGUUCUGAUGUCUUUGCUCUUUCAGUAUCUUUGCUCUGCCAGGGGCAUAAACUAUAGUUUCAAAGGUGUUGGAGUUUGUGGUUAUAAAAGGAAGGAGGCUGGAAUUGUGUCAUCUUCAUCACCUCGUCGCACCGAGCUCACUAGCGCUGGUGGCAAACGUACUCUAGAUCGCGUCCCAGUUUUGAGUAUGGACCCCAGUGAGAAGUACAGACAUCUCUAUAGAGUUAGGAGAACUAAUGGGGAUGUUAUUUCUAGGACCCAGAUGGAAGCCAUUGAAGUUAGGAAGUCGAAUCCGAUGAUGAUGAUGGUGGCCACUAGCUCCAACAGCGAUGUGACCACUACGAAUGAUGACGCCGAUGACGUUACGCUCGUGCUCACUCGCACCGGGGAUGAGUAA